GUCUCCAUAGAGACCUCCACCUGUUUCCGGCCAGGCUGUGCGAGAUUAGGGGCUGCUGCGGGGGCCAAUCUCAGCCAGCUCGCCUUUUCCCGGCGGCCUCUGCGGGAGCAGUGGGUGUUGUACACAAUCAUCAUGGCGGCGGCCGGAGCCCCGGAUGGCAUGGAGGAACCUGGCAUGGACACGGAGGCCGAGACGGUGGCGGCCGAGGAGCCCGCGCGGCCCCUCAACUGCGUGGAGGCCGAAGCCGCGGCGGGGGCGGCGACCGAAGACUCCUGCGCGGCGCGAGGCAGCCUGCAGCCGGCCCCGGCCCAGCCCCCUGGGGACCCCGCGGCCCAGGCCUCGGUCAGCAACGGCGAGGACGCGGGCGGCGGCGCGGGGAGGGAGCUGGUGGACCUGAAGAUCAUCUGGAACAAGACUAAGCACGACGUGAAGUUCCCCCUGGACAGCACAGGCUCCGAGCUAAAGCAGAAGAUUCACUCGAUUACAGGUCUCCCGCCUGCCAUGCAGAAAGUCAUGUAUAAAGGACUCGUCCCUGAGGAUAAGACGUUGAGAGAAAUAAAAGUGACCAGCGGGGCCAAGAUCAUGGUUGUUGGCUCCACGAUAAAUGAUGUUUUAGCAGUCAACACGCCCAAAGAUGCUGCGCAGCAGGACGCGAAGGCGGAAGAGAACAAGAAGGAGCCUCUCUGCAGGCAGAAACAACACAGGAAAGUCUUGGAUAAAGGAAAACCCGAAGAUGUGAUGCCAUCUGUUAAGGGUGCCCAGGAGCGCCUGCCAACGGUACCCUUGUCCGGCAUGUACAAUAAGUCCGGAGGGAAAGUGAGACUCACCUUUAAGCUAGAACAAGACCAGCUGUGGAUUGGCACUAAAGAGCGGACUGAGAAAUUGCCCAUGGGCUCCAUUAAAAAUGUGGUCAGUGAACCUAUCGAAGGACAUGAGGACUACCACAUGAUGGCGUUUCAGUUGGGCCCCACGGAAGCCUCUUACUACUGGGUGUACUGGGUUCCAACUCAAUAUGUGGAUGCAAUCAAAGACACUGUGCUGGGGAAGUGGCAGUAUUUUUGAAAGCACUUUCACCUCUGGCCCAGGAGACUGACCCAAAGUGAAGGACAUUGCUGGGAGAGGCCUGCAGCAUCCCUGGAUUUCAGAGUUCUGGAACUUUGUUCAAAAAAAAAAAACCUAUUUCCAGUCUAAGGCGAUGUGGUGACUGAAGCCAGAGGUGAUGUACUUUCACCAUUAGCUUAAUUUUAACUUAAAAUCACCGGUUCCCUUUCUUGCAGUCAGCUUCAUACCAUUUUUAAAGUCAAUACAAUGGAAAUCAAUAAAUCUGAAUUCCGAACAUGUUGUGUGGAAUACUCUUAAGUGUGUUUGAGAGUAGAUCUGCCAAUUUUGUUUAGAAAGGAUUGAUCGAAAGCUUUCUGGUUUUUUUUAAGUGAUUUCAACUGAAAUAUUUUCAUAAAUCUUUGGUUGCAAACAUUUGGACUGCAUUGUAAUGAGUUGGGGUGUUUUUUUUUUUCUUUUUCAUAUAAAAUUGUAUGCAAAAUGGGGGGGUUAGUAAGCCAUAUUUUUCUGUCCAUUGAUUCAGAUUGAAUUCUUUCCCUUUUUUAUUUUCUCACUUCCUAGAUUUGAGUUUUUGUUUAAAAACCCAAAGAUGUCAGUUCCUCUUUUUGUACCUCAUCAAUGCUUCCUUUCCUGGCCUCUCUCCCACCAUGCUGCUGCUUGUGAACGUGCGGUGGGAGAGGAAGAGCUGUCUGGUCCAGGUCGGGGAGCCCUCACACUCGCUGUGGUGUUUGCUGAGCAGCAGAGUCUCUCACGGUGACUCCUGUCUAAACAUCUUGCCCUGUGGGCCUUGAUCUCUGGGGAGUUCCACUGCUGGCUUGAUGGUGUCUGCAGCUCUCACUGAUUGGGCCUUAAGGCCCAGCCUGGCAUGGGUGUGCCUGGGCUGUGCUGCUCAAAAGCCGCAGCUCCCAGGCUGACAGAGGCCUCUUUGAGGAGGAGCCAGGUGCAAGACAGUUUAUACAGCCAUAUAGCCACAGACCCAGAUCCUUUUUCUUCAGAAGUUUCAAGAAAUUCUUAGCAGUCCACUGAUGAUUUCAAUUAUGCUUCUCCAUGUGGUCCUUCUGCUCAUGCAUUAUGUUCAAGUGUCCUUCAUCCCAGGUUCAGAGAUGCUGCCUUUCUCGAUAAGAAGACGUCUGACCUAGUGGGUUGGUCAAUGUAUUUAAACAUCGCAGAUGGGAUAAACCGCUUUUGUUAUUAGCUCACCCUCUUCUGGUUUUAGCCCUUACGUUCUUUGUACAUGUGAACUUCUGUUGUCUCCUUAUGACUUGAUUGACUCUGAAAUGAGGACAACUCUUUUGGUGAAUGAUAUCCUUUGUGCUCUUUGCUGUUUCUCUGCUGCUGUCUCUGCAAUUCUCCUCUCACUGGUUGCAGGCUCUCAUAGUAAGGUUUGGCGAGAGAUUUUCCAAACUUCAUGUUUUGGAUUCUAGGCUGUUUACCCCUCAUUCUGUGAAAUGUGUUAGCAUGUGUUCGCUUAAGAUGACUAUUCCUUGUGAGCCAGUUAAUGAUGAUAUUCUACGCCCUUCCCUUCUAAGCUGUAGUUCAGGAAUCCAGCCCAUAUAGACAGACUCGUGCUUUUCAUGGUGUAGUCAAUGCCAAGUUAUGCAUCUGGGCAGGAAAAUCGACUCUUGCUUUUUGGGGGGCAUAAGUACGUAUGUGAAGUGUAGCACCCAAAAAGCGGCCUCUUUUUCAUCCCUUAAAGAAGGAGCAGUAACUGCAGCUUUUCUGUCCUUGUUGGCCUGCAGUUCCUGGAGAAAAAAGUGCUUCUUUGCUACUUGUCGAAGCCUCCCUCUGCAGUUGACAGGUCUACAGAGGAAACGAUGGUGUAGCAAGCAGAGCGUCAUCUCCAUUUGAAUACUGCCCUUGUUGGCCAGCGCCCCUGUCCUGGAGAUUUGUCCUGACAGUGCCACACACCCCCUUUUGUUCUCUCGAAGCAGGCAUCUCUGUCCCCAGACUGGCCUCGCAGUGCUGCUCUCAGAGGCCCUCCCCGCCAGGUCUCCUCAUUUGCCUCCGGUGCCAUCUGACGUCCCUUCCUCCCAGUGAGAGCGUGUGUUCCGUAGUCUCCCUGCUUCCCAAGGGCCAAACCGCUUCUCACUCAGGCUGGCGUCAUUUCAGGACAGGACCAAAGCCUGUGUGAGCCUUUUUAUUUUAAGUAAAAUGGUGCUUUUUUCCUUACUUCAAGAUAUUAUAUAUAAAUAAUAAUGUAAAUGACAUCUUUUCGUACAGAGCUGUUUGGGUAUUGCAUCACAGAGCUCACUAAAUCUACUAGAACAAUCUUGAGCUCUGGCUCCUGGCCCUGUCUGCAUGGAGACCUUGCUGGAAGCCCUCAGGAGAGCAGAGGGGGACAGCACCAGAAGCCACUGGGAGAAGUAUUUGAUUUGAGUCUGUGUCUGGGUCACAGCAGUAUUUACUGUUUUGUCACUAGGUCCCGUGAACGAUCUCUUCCUAUUUUUCUUACGGUCUGGAAUGUACUGACUAAAUCUCUGUUAGCAAACUGAAGUACUCUUCCCCUUAGGUAGCAUCACAGUGUUAAUUUUUUCCUCAGGAUCAUUUGUGUACGCUUUCGUCACUGUCGGAGGGGACUGGUUCUUUCCCUGGGGUUGUGACCCUCCCUCACUGUGGCGGAGGGCGUGCAGGCGGAUAAAGGAAGAGCUGGUUCUGAGAGGGGCUCCAGUGUGCAGGAAGUAGGCGAGGGGCUGGCCAUCUCUUCCGGGUGGGACACCUCUCUGAGCCUCCUGCUGGGCCGCUUUCUCUUCUAGAAUUUAUGCUGCUGGUCCUCCUGCAGGUCUUAGCGCACAGACAUCAUGCCUUUCUUUCCCUCCCUGAGGCGGGUUGGCAGAAUAAUGACAAGGUAAUCCCUGCUGCGGCCCAGCCCCUCUCGGCUCUUUCAGUCAGCCUGGUCAGAGAACUCAGACUCGAGAAUUGCUGCAACUCUUUGGUAUUAAGUAUUUUAAUUGAUGAUGGGCCUUUUGUAAGUAGCACUAGCUCUUUUUAAAUGAAGUCAGACUGGGCUAAGGAUGCACUUUCCUGUAAUCUCGUGGAUGCAGUAGUGCCAGUGAGGCCUCAGUAGGCUCCUUAGUUGCUGCUUUACCCUGUGAGGGCCGAGGAGACUAACUUUGCCACGUUGCCACAUCUCUGAAAAGUUGCCAUAUUCGGCCAGAAGGGGCUACUUUCCUCAUCCUUCAGCCAUGUGCCUGGAGGGGCCGUCUGGGCUCUUGCACUUGGCCCGCCCUUUCCUCGUCAGGGACAGACUCGGCGUGCUAACGGCCGUGCAAGGGCAGGCUUUCUUUCCACCCCAUCUUCGGAGGGAGACCUCUUUCCCUUGCUUCUUGCCUCUGUUCACGCCUGUUGUCUUGGAAAAGGAUGGUCCCUUUGUCUUAGAGGUUUGUGAUUAAGGCAUCUCCAGUUAGGAUUGGCACCUGUUUGCUUCUUAAUAGGGCCUGGUGGCCUUCCUGAAGUCACAGGUGGUCAGGAGCCCUCUGAUGUGCAGAACAUCUGGUCCAUUUACCUGCCAGGCUGGGUGGUUCUACUGCUUUCUACAUCUCUAAGAACCUCUUUUUUUCUUAAAGAGUUCUGCAGAAUUAUUUGACGAUAUACGUAAGUACCAUGUUUCCUUGUGGUAUACACUCUGUUCUGGUUUUUGUUUUUAAAUCAAAUGCCUGUUUGAGAGGAGAUGAACGUAUUUAGUCUAUUAGAUUUGCGCUGCUGGAUUUUUUUUAAAGUGUAACCUUGACUAGCUGUCUUAUUGUUUAUCCUGUAAGAUUAGUCUGUCAAUUAAAGUUUGAUAAUUAAUUGCG